CUUUCUCUCUCUCUCUCUCUUUACCUUUCUUGUAUAUAUUUCUCUGUCUUAUAUAUUUUCUUUUUCUUUUUUUUUUUACUUAUAUAUUUUUAUUCUCAUUCUUUCCUUUUUAUCCAAAAUCAUUUACCAUCAAUAAAAAGCAUUCUUCAAACCCUGUCUUGCUGUACUUCUUUUGUGAAGAGUUUAUUUCUCACUAUAUCAUGUCUUCCAAAGAUGAAAAGAAACCUUUCAAUACUACUUCUUCCUCUGUUGGAUCAAAAAAGAUACGUAUGACACUUGCUUGUGAACGUUGCAGAUCAAAAAAAGUUAAGUGUGAUUUUGCCCAUCCUAUUUGUACAAGAUGUCAACAAACAAAUGCUCCUUGCUCUUAUAAUGGUUCAUCAACUCAAGUGGAUCUCUUUAAUCUUGUCAAAAUCAAUGAAACAGUAGACUUAUUACAACAACGUGUACUUUCUUUGGAAUCGGAUCUGAAACAACCUCCAGUCUCUUCAACUUCUCCACCAACUCCUUUACCAACGAUUUCUCAAGCAACAGAUAGCGAUACUUUUAUGGUACAGCAAGAUAGGGAAUAUCAUAACGAGGUCCUACAAGGUCUAUUGAAUGCUGCAAACUCAAGAUGGUCACUUUCACUUACUCCAAAGGGUUUACGGAUUGAUACCAAUAUCAUCUCAUUACACGAUCUUUAUGACCUUUUACUUUCCGGUAUGUCACAGCUUGAAUUAAAUGAUGCUCAACAAUCAGAUACUACCUCCAAUGAUACGGAAUCAAAUUCGGCCUCAUCUUGUAGUUCAACUUCUGGAGGAGAAUUGACCACAGCAACUUCUGUUCAACGCACUACUCUUUUGAAAAAGAAACCAUUAUGGAAAUCUGGUCUGAAACAGCAACAACGACAACAGCAACAGCAACAACAACAACAACAAUUCUCUCACCAAGAUAUUCCUCAAUCAACUUUAGACAAAAUGAUGAUUAUCUAUUCCGAAUGUUUCCUUUGUUUACCAAGUCCUGAACUAGAGGGAUCUAUAUUGGAUCGCUAUCGAAAAGGGAAAUUAGAUGAAAUGUUAGCUAAUAUCAUAUUUGCUUGGACUGCACGUCAUGGUGCCAUUUAUCAUGAUCUCUUUAUUGAUCAAGAUCCAAAUCAAGUAGGUGAACCAUUCUUCCAACGUGCCAAAUUACUACUUAGGGAUCGAUUUAUGGUGACAAAUGUAGAUACAAUGCAUAGUCUGUUGAUGAUGUAUAUUUAUGCCUUGGGUGAUCCAUCUAGCCAUGCUGAAUCUGAAGCUUAUAUGUAUUUGGGAUUAGCCAAUCGGAUGUGUCUGGAUUUGAAAAUGCAUUGUGAACUUCCUGACUCUGUGACAGACCUUAUCGCUAGAGAACGACAUCGACGUUACUAUGGCGUGCUCAACUUUUUAGAAACUCUAUGUACCGUACAUUCUGAUAAGCCAUUCUCCCUACCUCCUCAAGAUACUGUUACAAUCGGUCUUCCUACCGUGAUGCCUCAUGAAACUGGUGAAACUCGAUGGCGUGUAGAAUUUAUGAUCCAACGUUUUCGUAUUACACAUAUAUAUAGAAAUAUAAUCUGCAAUACUGCUCAAGAACAUCCUUUACUCUCUACGGUGUCAUCCCUGGACAAAGAAUUAAAAGAAUGGUAUCAACAAUUGCCUAAUUAUUUCCGUUACAAACAAGGCGACAUCCAUAAACGAAAUUGGAAAAGCAAAAGCUUUAGGGAGCAAGCAUGCAUCAAACUCAACUUUGAAUACAACUUCCAAAUGUGUCAAUUAUAUGGUCUCUUCUUCUCUCGAUCUCGUGGUAAUAACUCUGAAGAUUCUCCUAGUGCUAUUGAUGUGCUCGCCAAGGAACUGUGUGUACGUGGAGCUGAAAUGAUUGUGGAACUAUUGGGAUGCUGGGUACAAUUGGAUCAACUAUGGUGUCACUUUUCUUUGGAAACUUUUAUGAUUGUGCUCAUGGUUUACAGGACCUUAUUGGUGAAUGCUACUACUAAUGAAAUAGAAUCUGCAAAAUCAAACCUCUCAUGGAUGGCUCGUAUGUUGAUAUCAUCUCCUGUCAAACAUCAUAAACAUGUUAUUGGAUUAGUCACAGGCAUUAGAUCUAUUUUUGUCGAAUAUUUUGGUGAAGAAUUGAACUUGGAAGUUGAUCAACGAGCUGGUUUGAAAAGGGAAUAUAUGGAUCAUUUACCAUCAACGCCUAUACCAUCAUCAUCAUCCCUAUCAGCAACAACAACAGCAACAACAACAAUAGCAGCAGCAGCAGCGGCGGCGGCAUCCUCAUCAUCAUCAUCAUCAUCAUCGUCAUCAUCAUCGUCGUCGUCUACGUCAACAUCACAACAUCCUAUACGGGCAUCGCAGACACAUCAUUCUAGAGUUACAGCAUGUCCCUCGCGCAAUCUUACUCCAACAGCUUCACCAGUCCCAACAACAACUUCAGCAACAGCAUCAUCAUCAUCACCAUCAACAUCAUCUAGCUUGUCCACCUCAACUACACCAUCCCUACAACCAUCAAAUACUGGUAUCCAAUCUAUACCUCAACAUUAUUCGGCACCAGUACCACAACAUCAGCCAACACCGCCACUCAUGACAUCUCUUUAUUCAUUCUCCGGAAACAGAGUGAUGGAUGUGACGACAGGAACUUCACCAUUGGAUUUACAUAGGCAUCAUUCUAUAUGUGGCGCUUCAACAUCUGAUUUACCUUUCUCUGAUUUUUUAUACACACCAACGCUAACGGAUAUGCAGCCCAUGACUGCGCCAAUUCAGCAGCAGCAAGAUACCCAAGAUUUGUCGACAACACCAUCUAUGGGAACGCAACAUUUACCUACACAUUAUCAAGAUAAUCAUAUCCAGAAUAGUACGACCACUGUUAGCACGACGACUACUGGAACAGUAGCUUCAUUAUCUCCUCCUAGCAACGAUCCAACAUCAGCCUCUACUACGGUUGUAUCUUCACAAAACCUUCAUUACCCAACUUUACAAUUUUACAACCAGCAACAACAUCAUCCUCACAUGACUUCGAGCUGGUCAUCAAGACUGCCGGUACAAGAAAUCAGUAAAUCAUCACCAUUGUCUUCUUCUUCAACGUCCUUGUUACAUCAACAACAUCGUCAUCUUCAUCACUAUCAACCCUAUCAAGCUAAUCAUCAUCGUAGGUCAACAUCAUCUUCAACGUCAUCUGCAUCGACACCAUCCCAUCCAAUAGUAUCUUCUACAACAUCAUCUAUUCAUCGACAACAAUCAUCGAAUAGCAACACUCAUCCACAAACAAUAUCAUUAUCAGCAUCAAUGUCAUCCCCUACUUCGUUUGGACCAACGACAGCGAUUCCUUUUAUGGACAUGACAAUAUAUGGCAAUGAUCAAGAUCAGAAAAUCAAAGAGCAUCAAGAUCAUGGGUUUGACUAUUAUUAGAUAACAAGGAUGGAAAUUUUCAAUUGUAGUAUAUAUAUAUUUCUGUAAUUAGUUUUAGUUUAUUUUAUUAUAUUCGACGUAGUUUUGUAGAUAUUUGUACUUGUUAUCCAUCAAUAAAAAAAUUUUUUUAUUAUAUUAU